AUGGUGCCGGUCUUGUCGAACGCCACGGCCCUGAUCUCGCCCAGCGACUCGAGGACGUCCCCUCCCUUGACGAGGACCCCCAUCCGCGCCGCCGUCAGGAGCGCGCAGAACGUCGCGACGGGCGUCGACAGCACCAGCGCGCACGGGCACGCGCUCACCAGCAGCACCAGCGCCAGCCUGAACCACCGCUCCGCGUCGCGCGCCCCCAGCAGCGGCGGCAGCAGCGCCACCCCUGCUCCGAGAACCACCACGGCCGGCGUGUAG